UACUCCACGCACACCUUCGGCUCCCAAACACAGAAGCCUCUCUUCCAAAAAUAAAAUAUAAAAUAUUUCCCUCUCUCUCUCUCUCUCUCUCUCUCUCUGUCAGAUAGCACUGAUAUAAGACAGUACAGAAGCACAUCCUCCCGAAAACAAAAGAGAGAGAACACCUUCGCAGGCCACUCUCUCUCUCCCCACUCUCCCAUUUUCAAUUCCAGUUCCAAAUUCAAACAAAUUCAGAACACCCAUACGGCCAUACCCCCCUCCUCCCUUGAAAUCCACAACCCUCUUCCGGUUUAUCGGGUUCCGGAUCUGCCACCCGUUUACCCGACACCCUUGCUUCGGGUCUUCAACCCCGCCUUCCCCCUUCUCCCUCCUCUCUGUGUACCAUUUUUACCCAUAAAAGGCUGUACUCUCUUAAUUAGGACCGCAACCACCGAACAACAGCCAUGGCGAGCAACACUCCCGACGGCCUAGCCGACGAUUUCUUCGAGCAGAUCCUAGCCGUGCCGUCCUACGGCCCCGCGGGGGAGGUGGCUUUCGCCGGCGGCGACGCCAAUCUUGGCGGAGCCUCCAUGGGGCUGCAAUUAGGUUCCGGCGGCGGCGGAGGUGGAGGCGGCGGCGGGUACAGAGGGAUGGGCAUGCCUCUUGGGUUGAACUUGGAGCAGGGGUUCAUCCUGAAGCCGGACGAGGAUAAGCGCUUCCGAGAAGAAGUAGUUGUUGAUGCAAACAGUAAUGCCUCUUCUUCCGGAAUGCCUGAGAGGGAUUCGGUGCACCUGACGAGUCUGUUUCCAGCUUUUGGGCAGUUGCACGCUCAGUCCGUCCGGCCGCCGGCGCCGGCGCCUGCUCAGCCGCUGAUUCACCACCAGCCAUUUCAUGUGCAACCAACAUCUGGAGGAGUUGCUGCUGUACCACACCCACCUGUCAUACGCCCACGGGUGAGAGCCAGACGAGGUCAAGCCACAGAUCCCCACAGUAUAGCUGAGCGGUUACGUAGGGAAAGGAUAGCAGAGAGAAUGAAGGCUUUGCAGGAGUUGGUUCCUAGUGCCAACAAGACCGAUAGGGCAGCUAUGCUUGAUGAAAUUGUGGAUUACGUGAAGUUUCUAAGGCUCCAAGUCAAGGUUUUAAGCAUGAGUAGAUUGGGAGGAGCGGGUGCAGUGGCUCAGCUGGUGGCUGACGUACCUGUAUCAUCAAUUGAGGGAGAAGGUAUUGAAGGUGGCACCCAUCAGCAAGCUUGGGAGAAGUGGUCUACUGAUGGCACAGAACAGCAAGUAGCCAAGCUGAUGGAAGAAGACAUUGGAGCUGCCAUGCAGUUCCUGCAGUCCAAGGCACUUUGCAUUAUGCCAAUAUCACUUGCCAGUGCAGUCUUCAGAACACACCAACCAGAUGCGUCAACCUUCGUCAAGCCCGAAUCAAACAACUCUUCAUAGACCUGAAACGGAAUUUUGUCAAACAAGAAGUGAUUGUCAUGCCCGAGGGAGAAAGCGGCAAAACCCCUAGGCACUUGAUGUUUUGCCAUGGCCUAGUCAAGAAAAGAUUUGUCAAAGCUCUACUUAUUUGCAGCUGUUCUAGUAUCAGUGGUGGGAUUAGUGGUGGAUGACCAAAAUGUCGAUGGUGGGGACUGUCGUUUGUCUUUUUUGGAUAGUGGGAGUAGGGACCUUUUAAAAGGGGUGGAUGGGUACUCUUAUAUGAUGUAUUUGUAGAAGUUUUAAUGCAAGUUGAAAUGGAUAAUGGUUGGUUGUCUUUAAAAAAGUGACUUUGGAAGCUUCUGGCCUCUGCAAUUGUAUGUUUGUACUCUGCAAUUUAAUUUUUUAAAGGGUGAAGCUAACCCAAUGGCCAA